AUGGAUACUAAAGAAGUCAAACCAAACCCAGUUGGAACCGAGGCCGACCCUUCGGAUGCAAGCAUCGCGGUUGCGAGUGUCAAUGAUGGCGACUGGACUGUGGAGGAAGAAGCAGCAGUCCGACGCAAGUUUGACUUCACGAUCGUUCCUCUGGUAACUCUGUUAUACAUGCUAUGCGCUAUUGAUAGGAACGCUCGAAUUGAAGGGUUAACUGAUGAUCUGAAACUCGUCGGCUAUCGAUACAAUAUCAUUCUCACGGUCUUCUUCAUUUUCUACCUAUCCGUCGAGAUUCCAAGCAAUGUGCUCCUGAAACGCGUUGGCCCUCGUUGGUAUCUGCCUGCUUUGGUAUUCUGCUUCGGGCUUGUGUCCCUCUGCACCGCCUUUGUUAAGUCGUAUCCGAGUAUGAUUGUUGUACGAGCGAUUCUUGGAAUCUUCGAGGGCGGCGCAAUGCCCGGCACGGCAUUCUUCCUCAGCUGCUUCUAUAAGAAAUCCGAGCUCUUCUUCCGCAUGAGCAUCUUCAUCGCCUCAAGUUCCCUGGCGAGCUCAUUUGGCGGUCUUUUAGCAGCUGGACUUAGCCAGAUCCCUGCAUUUGGUGCCGAAAGCAUGAUGAUAUCGAGAUGGCGCAACAUCUUUUUCUUCGAAGGCCUCUUCACUCUCUUGGUGGCCUCAUUAGCUCCUUUGGCUAUGCCGCAGAGCCCGGGCACCUACAAAUAUCUUACGGAGAGGCAGAGAUACAUCGCCGCUGAGAGACUUCGUCGGGAGAGCCUUAAUGAUCCGAAGGAACAGGUUACCUGGGCUCAUGUUCGACUCGCCAUUCUAAACAUCCACACAAAUGUCUGCGCCUGGUGCUUCUUCAGCACCAAUUCAGCCGUUCAGGGAAUGGGUGCGUUUAUCCCGACCAUUCUGCGGGAGUUUGGGUGGACUUCAACCCGAGCUCAACUGCUCUCGGUCCCCCCAUAUCUGGUAGCGUGCGUCGUCACCAUCACCCUUGGUUACCUCAGUGAUCGGUUUAAUAAAAGGGGAAUCUUUAUGGUCGGGGUACUUCCUUUAUCUAUUAUUGGCUUCUCAAUUCUCAGGUUCUCAUCAAAUGUCUCUGCCAAAUACGCGGCAGUCUUCCUCAACGCCAUUGCCUGCUUCGGUGCCAGUAGCGGGUUUCUUAGCUGGGGCAUCAACAACGCCGGGAGCCCAGCAGUCGCAGCAGUAGCUGGAGGAUACAUGGUUAUGGUGGGAAGUGUGGGAGGAGUCGUGUCGACAUGGACAUACUUGUCCAAUGACUCGCCACUAUUCCUCAAUGGUCACACUAUCAACCUGUCCCUUCAGCUGUUUUGCUUUGUCCUAGCGUCUCUUGGUCUUGCACACUGUAUUAUUGAUAACAAGCUUCGGGCAGCUGGAAAGCACGACCACCGCAUUCAAGGGCUGUCGGAGCAUGAGAAGCUCGCCCUUGGGCAUCGGAACCCCGAAUUUAGAUACAUGGAGUGA